ACAAAGAACUAGCAAAGUCAGUCGCAAGCAAGUUGAGCGUGCAAGAAUAUACCUCAAGUUAUUGUCAGUAAGGUAAGAAUGAUCAAGGUAGUUUCAAUAACUAGAAUAUUCUUUUUGAGAUAUGGUUUCUUAGAUUAUAAUUGAGCUCCAAAUGGGUAGGUAACGGAUUGCAGAGUAACAGUGGCUUGAAUACUGUAAAGCGGUAGUGUGAUCGAGGGAUAAGACUCAUGAAGACAGCCUCAGUCCUUCGUGUUUAAAAGGUCCACAGUACAAAGAGAAGCCCGCAAAAAGAUUUUUCUAUUUAUCUUAGCUGAGUGAAUUGUUCAGAUAUUUAAGUAGACUGUAGUCUGUUUAAUUAAAGUAAAAGCAGGCGUAAGUUUCGCCGAUCUGCUACUCUACAAUGAUGACCCUAGCAACUAACAGCAGCACAGAACAGAGCUGUCGAGACUGUCACAGUGACUCUUGUUUAUGAAACAAACUUUAUAUUGGUUUAAACACUUCAUGUACUUGAGAAGCAGUAAAUGCACCCUUCUCUGUGGUGGUAGAUUGACUCGGCUCAAUUUUGGAGCGCAUACCAUACGCAUAUCAUCUUCUUACGAACACCGAAAACGAAACCGGAACUCUAAAAUUAAAAGGGUUAUUCCCUAGAAUUCAAGUGCAAAUUUAAUUACAUAUGAAAUGUAUAAGUAUAGGGUCGCCAGUUUACUCUGUCUAGAAAGUUCUCAUUGUUGAAAAUUGCUUUUUAGUAAUAGAGGAAACUUGUUGAACCAGAACUUGACCCGCAGACUUGAUAAUUAAGAUAUGUUCCGUUUGGGUUCAUUUGCUUCAGUAGAUUCCCGCUGUAUAGUACUUUCAGUUUCGACACAAAAAUCAUCCAUGUAAUCAUUUCCACUUUCUUUAUAAUCCUGGAGUGCCUAUAUCUUGUCUUUCACGAAGCGUUUUUUGGUGACUAAUUAACCAUGUAGAAUAAACAAGCUGCAUACACGAAGGAAAUUCUUAAACUGCAAACUCAACUUUCCUUUUCCUAGGAUUUUGCCCAUUUCGAAACAUAGAAGCUCCCAUAGCCACUUAAAAAGUUUUAUUUUCCCUCCAUUUUCAAACGUGAAUUUGUUGUAUUUGUUUUCCGGCAGUGAUCGAAUGAAAACAACGUUCUGAAAAGGUUGCCGAAAUUUCAGAAAUUUGCAUAGACAUUAAUGCAUCAGUGGUUCCCGUAAUGAUGUCGUUACACCUUUGUUAUUUUGAUAAACAACUUUUUAAAGAUUGCUCUAUAUUGCCACGUCAUCAUACUCUGAAGAUAAAUAAAUGAAGACAUCAGUUGGCUGGUAGAAUUUUUCAAAAAACAACACACGACGAUAAUAAAUUUCGCAUCACGUUCGCGAUUUUCUCUAUUCCUAUCAUGAUUGUUGUAACGCGAUUUCUUCUCACAGUCUUGAUUGUUGUAUCGCGAAUCUAGUUAUCGAGAUUUCUCUAUCCCGAUAGCGAUCGCUGUAUCGCGAUGUUUCUAUCGUGACCGUGACUGUUGUAUUGUAAUGUCUCUAUUCCGAUCGCGAUUGUUCUAUCGCGAAUUCUGUAUCACGAUCGUGAUUGUUGUUUCGCGGUCUUUCAAUCACGGUCGCUGUAUCGCGAUUCCUCCAUCACGAAAACGAUCGCUGUAUCACUAUUUCUAUAUUACGUUUGUAAUUAUUGUAUCGAAAUUUCUCUCCCCUGAUUUGGCCUCGCUUUUAAACAUAUGAGAUCCUUCAAAAAAAGUUAGGUAAAACUACGAGUUUUAUGGAUUCACGAAACUGAAUCCUAAUUAUCCUUGCAAGCUGCGCCUUUGUCUUUUACGAAAAAGAAAACAUUCAAUAACCUGAUUGCUUUGAAGGAGUGAUAACAGGACUCUUGUUCCGCAAAUGUACCUCCCAGACGCUAGGUGACAAACACCUUGGUGAUCUCCAACAUUUUUUUCUUUUCUCCCUUGUUUUAGGUUUUGAGCGCCACUCGUCAUGAAUACCAUUGCGUUCAAAGCAUCUUUUCUCCUGGUUCUCUUGUCUCUCUUGCAAUCUAUUUUCGCCCAGGAUCCUAUCAGCUCGUGCGAUGGAAUCUCGAACGGGACCCGCUCUCAAAUCUGUCUGUCGGGAAAGUGCCCACUACGAUGCUACACAAAUUCCUCGAACGAUCCGAACUGCGAUCAAGUGUGUGUGGUGCAGCCAUGUGCUGCGCUAAGCUGCAAUUCGACCAAUUGCCUGCAGCGCUGUUUAUCAGGGGGGUGUAACUCGCUGGUAUGUACAGGCGCUGAUUGCACGCAAACCUGCUUGGGAAACUGUUCUGAAAUAAACUGCACAGUGACGGAAAAGUGCAACCAACAGUGCGAGAAGGGGCACUGCGGCUUACGUGGCAUGGGUUAUGGUGUGGUGGAGCAGACCUGCGCUGAGAACUGCAAAGAUGUGAAAUGUAAGGCUGACAGGUGCAGACAAACCUGUGUAGGAGACGGGUGCAGUUUGGAGUGUCCUAUGGGUAAGUGAAGUAAUAUUCAUGAUCCUCGGAAUAACCAGAGGCAGAUCUUAAGUGGGAGUGUCCUUUGAUACUCGUGAAACCCUUGCUUAUACUUCAACCUCACCAGGAGCUACUUUAAUGUGCUACUGCCCUAAGCCCUAAUUCUGACCUUGUAUCUGAGGUGAUCCCCUCCCCGCCGCCCCUCACCCAAUCGAAUUCCUCAAUCCGCACCGGAAUGAAAUGUUGAAAUAAAACCGUAAUGAUCACAUGUAUCUGUUACAGGUUCUAGAGAGUGCACACAAGAUUGCAAAGGUCCCUGCAACAUGAAAUGUGAAGCUUCCGAGUGCGAAAGCACAUGUACCGGUGGUAGAUGCAACUUAGAAUGUGGCAACAGCGAAUCAAACCUCUGCGAGCAAACCUGUGCUCGUGGCGCCUGCGAAGUCAAGUGCACAGCGAAGAUAUGUGAAAGCUCAUGCAUGGGAGGUCAUUGCGCCACGUUCACUUGUACCGCUGAUGACUGUACCCAGAUUUGCGGUCAAAACUGUACCAACAUGAGGUGCCAAUCAAAGCAGUGUGACCAGUCGUGCACCAAAGGGAACUGUAAUAUGUACUGUGAGACCGGAGCAGAGAUGUGUGUGAUGUCAUGUCCCAGAGGAAACUGUACACUGCACUGCGACGGACAGUGGUGUAAACGUGACUGCACUGGAGAUGGAUGCUCGUAUACCGGAUCGGGCAAAGAAGUUCGCCCCAGUACCCCAUCACCAAGCACGCCAAACACGCUAAAACCACCCAAGGCUGGCGCGCAGAGGGUCGUGUCCUUGCAUUUUACGUUAUUCCUGCCUGCGAUAGUAUAUCUCAUUUCCUGUAAUCUAAUAAUUUAACAGAACUGGCAAGUGACGGCGUAAUUUGUAGAUUAAAGUAGUACAUCGAAAGGCCACCAGUCAUAUUUAUGCAUGGCGGUACAUGGCUAGCAAAUAUGUCACGCAAACCAUUAUGGCACACGGACAGUAAGGGUAUAAAAAGAAGUAAGGACCACGAAAAAGGUUACUGCGCACUGUUUAAUGUCAUUGCCUUUAUCCAGUAGAGUAAACGAUAAAGAAACAAACACUUGUCUCCAGAACUCUUCCUUGUUAGAUAAAAGUCUUAGGAACGACGUUGAUAAGGAAGUUUGUUGCCGUUACAAAGUGGUUUCUCUUGUUUUAUAGUAAUGACGCUGCUGUUUACUGGGCAUAAUGACGAGUGAAUAGCUUCCAAGGCCAGAUGAGAGAGCUUGAUCACAGGCUAACUGACAUAUCGAAUGGGUGUUCAAGGACGUCAAGAACAAAAUUUUUCUGCUUUGUGUGUUCACUUUUUGUCAAGUUUAACACGAGGCGCUAUGGAGUCUUUAGCUCCUGGUAGGUACCAGCCCCCCCCACCAGCCUCGUUUACUUUAGGGGAAGGGGGGUGGGCGACUGUUUAUCACGCCACCCAACCUAAGAUUCUAAAUAGUACACACUUAAUUAACAUAAAUUAAGAUUCAGUACAAGGAACUAGCAAAGUAAGUCGCAAGCAAGUUAAGCGUGCAAGAAUAGAGUCAAAAUUGCAAAUUUAUCUCGCAAUUCCCAGAAGAGACUUAGGCACUAAGAAAACCAUACCAAAUAUAAAAAAAAUGACCAGAAAGCCUCGGAAUCAGAUUAGAAUUUUCCCCAAGAAUUUUCGUUUUCCUAACCCAUUAUUUACGAACCUUAGGUUCUUUGUGCAAAGUAGGCCAACAUGCUUCACGAUGUCGUAAAAUUUUUAAACUUUGCUAUUUAAAAAAUUGAACCUUUGUGCCCUUUACGCUGUUUACUCUGCAAGCAGAGGCCCUUCGAUCUUCAGGGAAAAGUAGGGCAGAAGAGAAAGGUAGGUCCCUUUGCUCGCAGGGUAUUUGUUCUUAGAAUAGAAACACAAACCUGUUGCAAGGACCUGAUUCUGGAGCUGAUUUGUACGGUAACAUAGGUAGGUAAUAUAUCAAGCAUGAGACGCAGUGUUUCAUCACCAGUUGAAACUCCGAGAAGACAGCUGAAAAUACGACGCGCAGCGGAGUAUUUUUGACGAACUUCGAGGUGUUUCAUCUGGUGAUGAAACACUGUGUCAAAUGUUUGAUAUUACUUCUCAAACAAAAUGAUUCUAGAAGGAGAAAUUAAGGAUGCAAAAAUGAGCAGUUUUUCAUCUGAUUUCCAAACACUAAUGAAACAUUAAUUUCCUUAAUGAAUUAUUAAUGAAUUUGAGAAGUUCAGAUAAAUUAUGUUGGCAUAAUUUGGGGCAUAAUGCUUUAGUCAGUCAGCAUCGAGCAUAAUGUCGGCAUAAUGGGCAUUUUGUCAGCAUAAAGAGAAUAAUAAUAAAG